UCACAACAUCAUAGUGUAUCGCGUAAGGUAGAGUUUCUGUUCUUUUAAGCCCAUUGUCCAGAUGAGAGCAGCAGUUCCGGGAUACGCGCAGAGUAACCACGGAAACACAAGCGCAGCGCUGAAUGCAGAGACCGCUGCUGAUGGCUCGGAUACAUUCAUAAGCAAUUUGCUGAAAUUAUAAACCUCUGACACACUGAUUGUUUGAUGAUGGUCACACAAUGGCAAAAACACGACCCGGUUCCUCCGAGUCUCCGGUUGACAUGGGAAGCACAAACAGAGUCGUGGGUGCAUCUCCUCCAUCCUGUGGGUCAAGUGUGCUGAGUCCUUCAAAAACAGGAUAUACCAAGAGAGAUUUUAUGAUGAUGCCUCCAGAGGAAAAGCUCAAACACUUUGACAGCCAAGCCCAGGUCCAUGAAGACAACCAAGAGUUUGAUGCUUGCAUCCAGGACCUGGUGCGUUGUGUGGCUCUGACCAGGCUGGUUUAUGGGGAGCAACCUCUGAAACUAGCCCAGGCUCAUGCCAGACUGGCUAAAGCAUAUUUAGUGUUCAAAGGCUGGGGACUGCAGGCUCAGGAGCACUCGGCCCAGGCCAGAGAGCUGCUGCCUGUCUGCUCGUCCAUCUCCUCCUGCAGAGCUCCUGCAAAGCAUGAGGUUCUUGCAUGUCUCCUGAGCGUACACCUCACACAGGGAGGCUCUGCACUGCUUACAGCCAAACUUGAGGAGGCAGAAUCCUCAUUUCUGGAAGCAGAACAAGUUCUUAAGGAUCUUUAUCAACACAGUGCCAUCGACCAGGAAGAGAUGAUAAAGACUGAGCUGGAAAUCUCUACUAACCUAUGCAGGGUCUAUAAGAGACAGGACAGGCCAGAGGAGGCAUUAAGCCAGUGCGAGAAGUCUCUGCAGCUGCUGAAGGACUGCAACAAGCCAGAGAAGACCUGCUCUGUCUAUAGGGACAUGGCCACCAUUGAACAGGACAGGGGUCAUUUGGACCGAGCCAUAGAGCAUCUCUCCAAGGCUCAUGCCAUUGCUAUGAGCCACAGCCCAGAGGAGCUGGAGGGGGCUCGGAUCUCCCACAGCCUGGCCCUCAUCCUUUCUGCCUCAGCAGAGCCCCAUCACAAUGAAUCUGCAGGUCACUACUUUGAGCAGAGUCUAACUGCAUACAGGAACUCUGUAGGUCCUGAGGAUCCAGCCUUUCUCGCUGCCCAGGAUGAUUUCUGUCGUUUCCUCCUCCUCAAUGGCCAGCAAGAGAGAUGUGUGGAGAUCCAGAGAGGCUCUCUCACUUCGAAGAGAUCUACAUUUGGUGACCUGAGUGCUGAGGUAGCAGACACCCUUCAGCUGAUAGGAAGUGUGGAGAUGACUGAGGGCAAGAUGAUACAGGCCCACAGGACUAUGACAAAGUGCCUGGAGAUCCAGAGUUGGGUCUGUGGUACUCAGCACAAGAAGACAAAGGCUACACAAAAAGCUGUGGACAUGCUGGCCCGGGCACCAGUGGUGGCUGAGAAACUACAGAGGCAGGGCAGAAGAAAAACAAAACUUGAUGCAUUUUCAGUUGUACCAUCAAGUGGCAAUGAUGGAACCUCCCUGUCUGACUCUUGAAAUUAAGGGUUUGGGCCAAGAACUACUGACAUUGUUUUUUGCUUUGGUCUGUGUGAUUAUAC